GUGGUCAAGGCACGUCUACGACGAGAAUGCGGUGGGCUCAGAGUACAAUCUUCACAAGAUGCCGAAAGACGUAACCUUGAAGGACCACUUCGCUACUCUGAUCGAAUCUUUCUACACGGACACCUUGAACAAAGACAUGCCCCUCAACCCUGUGGCAGCUCAAAAAAAGACGCCGUUGCAAGCUGUGGCUCCGCAUGAGGUGGCUGAAGCGUGCCGCCGGGUAGCGCAGGGUGGUGGGUGCCCACCAGAUGGGCACAUAGUUCACGCCGCUUUUCAAUCACAGGCCGUCUUUGGGUUUUGUGGGCAGAAGAGCAACGCGCUCAAAGUCACAGCUGUGCCCGGCACAGAUAGUGACUGGAAUGUCGUUGGUUCGAGGUUGUCGCAGGUCUUGAUUGGUGCGAGCGCAGACGGGAAAGACAACUUGAAGUCCAUUGUGCUCUCUUGGCUGUCCCGCAACCAGCCCCACGCACAUUCUGCCACAUUCGUGUGGAGGCAGGGCCACAUUACUGUCCAUGGCAUCUUGAAGAAGCUGCCCCAAACAAGAGGUCAGAUUCAGAUUGUGAAUGGGGAGCUCGAAAAAGUGAUUUGCGCUUCGAAGACUCAAUAUUUGCAAGAGGAAGACUUGAUCGAAUUGUUAGACGGAACUGAAGCCUUUGGAAAAGGGACAGCUCAAGCAGAGACUUGCGUGUCAGCGCAUGCCUGUGUGUGGCUCGGCUGCCAGCAGGAAACCUAUGUGAAGCAAAUGGGCUCGUGUAGCAACGGCCGCACCCGCCUAGGUGUACACACCUUUGAUGGGGAGGCCGUGCGUGAGCGGCUGUUUGAGGAAAGCUUUUAUCCCAAAAAAGCAAGCGAAGGACUUUUGACGGAGGUUCUGGGGGGCAUCUACAAACUCCAACAUCGUCCCUGUGCAGACCCAGCCCCCGCAGCGCCAGCCGCGCCGCCCGCUCCAGGGCCGGCCCAGCCUGCAGGCACUCCCGCCGUGAGGGUGGGGCGACGACGGCAGGGUCAGGAAGUGGUAUGGUCCCCAGCGGCUGGAAGCAUUCUGGCCGGCAUCUGUGAAGGCAGUGGCCGAGCGUGCAAUAAGUCGGCAGGGGCUGUCGGCUCAGCGUGCGUGCGGAAGCACGCGGGUAGGUUCUACGGGAGCAUCGCUUUGAGUAACCUUGCCAUCAGGAAUGGCUUGCUGGCUUUUGCCUUCCAGGACUCUCUCCCUGUUGAUUGGCUUGACACCGUGCCCUUCGAUGCUUGCAUCCGGUUACUUGAUGCAGUCGCUGCGGUGCCUCGAAUGGAGUUGUAUUCGGUCAACCAACUGUACUUAGAGAGGAUGAUCGCAGUUGAAGCCGCCAAGCAUAUGAAGACCACACCAACUACAGCUCUUCACGACUUCUUUGCCCCUACGGACUUCUAUUUGAAGCUUCCCAGUAUUGACCAAGCCACCUUGCGGCUCUUGGAAGGGGCCUUCACCUUUGAGCACACAGACAAAUCU